GGAAUUGCGAAGACAAUGGUACAAGCAGUGGAAGCAGGAAUUGAGAAUGGUAUUAGUAAACUGAGUGCCAUCCAUCAGUUGAUUGACCAGGUGAAUAAUUUAACUCCUAUGAAGAUGUCAGAUGGUUGUAAGGCUGAUGAAGGUGGCACCAAAGAGCCUCUAACCCUUUACGAGCUUGUCACAAACUCGAUGCAGUCCAUCCCCCCGGAAACACUUUUACCACUGGUUAAAGAUAUUGUACAAGAUUUGGCUCGCUAUCACCAGAAAGGUGAGACAUACAACAAUCUCCAUCCAAAGAACGUGGUUUUGAUUGAUGGUUCAGCCAAACUUCUUCCAUUAAAGGCGGCAGUAGCAGCAAACUCCCUGAAAGAAACGUCGUGUUCUAAGUCAGAGGUUCAGCAAGAUGACAUUGUCACCUUUGCUGAUAAUAUUUACAGCGUAGGAAUGUUAAUUUUAUGGCUAAGUGUUCAGGGUAAUGGCAACUUUGAAUCUGCUGAAGAGGUAAAGUUACACAUAAUGCCAUCAAUUCCAAAACUUCUUGCUGAAAAACCUGGUGACCGACCCACAAUUCAAGAGGUUGAACAACUCUGGUUCUCCAAUAGUGAUCAAACAUCCCUUCAAGAGAAUCAAAUGAAAAGGCAGAAUGUGUUUCCAGGAAAGAUAGAGGAGGAUACUCCAGUGGGAACAGUUGAGAAAACCAGCAGUGAUUCUGCUUUGUCAGAUGAUCUCAUAGUGCAGCAUAAGACCUCAGCAACAAAAGAAAAAUAUACUGAGUCCUCAGACACUGUAGGGUUUGAGAUGGAUGAAAAAUUUGUUUUAGCCAUGCAAAUUAAAGCAGAAAAUGUUGGUAUUACAGAGAAUGAAGAUUUGGUUUCCAUGCAAAUUACAGAAAAUGAAGGUUUGGUUUCUGCCAUGCAAGGAAGUGUUGAUAUUACAGAGAAUGAAGAUUUGGAUUCCAUGCAAAUUACAGAAAAUGAAGGUUUGGUUUCUGCCAUAUCAGGUGCAGGAAAAAGUGUUGAUUAAGUACUGUUAUACCAAGUGCAGAAGAAAACCUUUAUAUCACAGAAUUAAAAAGGAAACAACCUAAUAGUGAACCUUUUUGCAAUCUUUGUUCCCAAAAAAGCAAGCUAGUGAUAUGUUUAGUGAUCAGAAAUGUCAACCUUUUUAGUGCAAUAAAAUUCUUAAGCAAACAAGUAAAUUUAAGCAGAAUACAUUUUGGAGUUAGACUUUGUCGCUGCUGAAGGACAUAACAAAGGAAUUAUUGAACUUUUUGAGGAAAAGGAAAAAAUUUAUUAUAUUUGAAGAACUACUGUAUAGUACUUCCACUCUAACCUGGCCUGUAAGCCACAUCCCUCAUCUAAAUGUGUUCACAAUUGGUAAGCAGGCCUUUUAUUCUCGUAAGGUAAUGUUAAAUACCGGGAAUAUCAAAAUUCAAAUGAUUUCAAGGCAUUAGCACUUCAGAGACGAUGUUAAGAAUUAUUUUUAUCAUAAAAUAUCAAAGAUGAAAUUCGCUUUUGAAUGAAGUCUUUUUAUUACAGUCAGUUCUGCUAUAACGCGAUAGUUGUGU